ACACACAUCACAACACACGACUGUGGGAAAACUAAUAGUAAAACAUCAGACGCCGUCAAAGUUGUAUCACGAAUUUCUUUUCCUACGAAAACUCCCUCCCAAAGACCACCACCAGGAUGACCACCCAUCACACUGUGGGGGUUCAGCCCCAGCAGCAGCAGGUCAUCUCUCAUCCACAGCAGGGACAGCAACAAAUUCAAGGCCAGCAGCAGCAGACCGUCACCUACCAAACAGUCCAGGCCCAGCCCCACGCCAGCGGUGCUGUUAUCAGUAGCUACAGUGUCUCUGGUGCCCGUCAGACAGGUUACAUCCAGGUGGUGUGUGGAGUGGUCUCAGUCGCCAUCGGCAUUGCCGCUAUCGUCUUGGGUUGUUCCAUUGCGGCAGUGGGGAGCCCUAUUUGGAGUGGGAUCUGUUUUUUUAUUGUGGCUGGUAUUCUGGGUAUUGCAUCUGCUGGAAAUCAGAACAGCUGUGCGAUCGUGGCUCAUCUGGUGAUGUCUAUACUGGCCUCCCUGGCAGCUUUUCAGUUGAUGAUCAUCUUAAUUAUUGCUGCUCUCACCGAGACCUUCUAUUGCGGCAGCUAUUUCUACUAUAAUGAUUGUAGCAGCAGGUAUGGCCGCAUCAUCGUGGACUCUAUUGGCUGCAUUGUUGCUCUGAUUGAGUUUGUGGUAGCCAUCGUUGCAGCUGCUAUCUGCUGCCGUGGAAGCUGUGGCUAUGGCACCGUUGCCACUCAGCAGACUGUGGUUCACCACUAUGUACCAAACCAAGGCAACGUCACGACCAUCAUGACUUCACCCCAACCAUACGGCCAGCAAGUCUACAUGCAACAGCCUGGACAACCCCAACAGGUCCAGGGCUAUGCCAUUUCACCACCCCAGCCCUACCACAUGCCACCCCCCAACAUGGCACCCCAGCAGGUUUCAAGUGUCAACCAACUCCCCGCAGUUCCACCUCCGUACCAGGAAAAACCGGGGACCACUUUGCCGGAACCGCAGGCAUAAAAAGAUGGACUGGUAAGAGAUGGCCAUAGGGGGCGGUAGACUGAUAACAGGUAGCACGAGUAACCUUCAAACUCGAAAAUCCAUAUCAAUGACAAUCAUGUGAAGAAUUCAGAAUCUUUUAAACUAAAUGUUAUAAUAAUGCGGGGAGUGUAAGGUGAACAUAAAGAAUGAUGAAGGGAUAAUGUUGAGAACAUAUUUCCCAAGAAGUAGUAGUAAUUUAUAA